AGACUUCUCAAAUCCCUACCAAGUCGAAAAAUUCGGGGGACAGUCUCCAUCUACACAAUUCCUGUCAAAUUAUAAUUUCCUCAGUGACGUGUAUGGAGUAUCUCGUCCUGCUGUCUCACGCUUCGUAACCGACCUCGCCAGUAAAGCCGAUCUCCCCAGCAAUAGCAACAACAAACAAGCAGACGCACACGCGCGCCAAUAGGCACAGCAACGCAGACGACACAGAUCAGUCAGAAUGUUCGGCGGAUUCGCGGCACCCCAAUUCUCCGAGGAGGAGAUCGAGGCUUACGAGGCCGUAGCCUCUUUUACCAUCCAGAGCUUCCUUGCCGCCGCCGUCACCCUCUAUUUGUGUAUGUUUUGUCCCCCUCUCUCGAGCCUCUUGCGCUUCUGCUGCUGCUCUCCCUCCCGUGCUACUCGUAUCGCAUGCAGAUACUGACUAUCGGCAAACCCGCCCCAGCAC